AUGGCCACUGAUAGCAAGAUCGAUCAUAUCGCACCACUGGAGUACCAAAUGAAAAUCUUGGAGGAGUACCAUAUCAACGUAUUAGCUAUUCCUUUGGAUAUGGUUCUGCGGCAUGUCCGGAGUAUUCGUGAGGGUUUGGCCGGGGUAGAUAGCCGGGCGAUUCCGCGGUCGAUGGUGGACGCGUUUAUUCAAAUAGUUGUACUCUUUGUGGAGGCGGCUUCUGAACGUGAGCGGAUUGUUGCGGGAAUUGAGAGACUCCUCGAGGGUUCGGGGGGACGGACGGUUGAUUCUGCAAGUCUGGAAAUGAACGACCUGGAGACUUUGAAAGAGGGCCCUGAAGGUCGGGACUGGCAUCCUGAUAGUCUAGAAGAGAAUCCUGGCAGUUCAGAUGCGAAGAAUCCUGAGAGCUUGGGGAAGAGUGCUAGGGUUCUCGAGAAGAGCCUCGAGGACCCCGAAUGGGAAUAUGACAGUGUGGAUCAGAGCACUAGAGAUCCAACAAACAGACUCGACCGUACGGAAGAAGGUUCUGAGAGUCUGGAAGGGAAUCUUGACAGACCCGGUAAGAUUAUCGAAAGCCCCGAUGCGAAGAAUCCAGACUCUUUGGAAAAACGUCCGAACAGCCUAGAGGGGAGGCUUCGGGGUCUGGAGAAAAAAUCUGGUACGCUGCUGGAAAGCUCAAGAAGCCCGGAGACAAAUCCUGAAAACAUGAAAGGCCCUUCACCAGCUGCAAGCAGCCCUAGCCCCAACACAAGAAGCAGCUCAACGGACAGGUCAACGGACUGGCUAAGAGAAUGGUUACUACACAGGUCGAGGAACAGCUUACAGGACAAUCAAGAGGACAAUCUAGUGAAUAGGACAAAUGGCAGCUCACAGAACAGCCCAGGGAACAGAUCAGAAUACACCAUAACAGAGAGCAUGAUGGAAAUCAUAAAUCAGAUUGAAAUACAAAGAAAAGUACAGAGCAAAGUACAGGUCAAUGUACAGAUCAAGAUACCGCUCAGAGGAUUCCUCAUGGUCCAUACCAAGAAACAAAGCGAGAGACAGGUCAAGGUAUAG